AUGGACGAGGCGGACGAUGACACCCACACCUUCAAGGUCGGCUUCACCGCCGCCGGAGAGGAGCAGUUCCGGGAGCUCGUGAGGGAGAAGCUGCGCGGGUUCAAGAGAGACGUGGACGACACCCUCGUGGAAUAUGUUACUAUCAUGCUCAAGAAUGGAAAACGUAAGGAUCUCGCCAGUAACGAACUCCAUGUAUUUCUAGGGGAUGACACUGCAGUAUUCAUUUCCUGGUUGUGGGACCAUCUUUCUUUAAAUAUGCACUUAUAUGUGCAAGCACAAGAACAAACUCAGGAGGUUAAGGAUGAUGAGGCCCCCAAAGAAGUACCUGGAAGAGAAAAAUCAUCAGAUGUGCUCCCGAGAAGCAAAUGUCAAACUCAUUCUGAGCACACAAUUGAAUCAAGUGCAACCAGUACUAGCAGACGGAAUAAGCGGGAAUGGAAAGGAAUUGGUCGGGAGGGUAAUGAAAAAUUUCCACUUCGAAAUGUACUAACUGAUAUUCUUCACGGGGAGGAGAAAAGAUCGCAAAAGCCCAAUGAAAUACGACACCCUCCAUCAAAACAACAGAACGGCAGAAAGCGUGAUAGGGAUGAUGAGCCACAGCAAACAAAGAGAGACGUCUCAUCACGCCCCAUGCUUGGUGGUGGUGCUUCCCGUCGUCUUCUACAGUUUGCUGUUCGAGAUGCAGUAAAAGCUGUACAGCCAACCAGCACCUCUGCUGAACCAGCAUCCAAGCGUCUGCGCUCUGUGGUUGCCACUACUUCUGCAGAGAACAUGCGUGAUAGGAGAUCAGAAAGAUCUCAGGACUACCUGAACGAUAGAAGAUCAGAAAGAUCUCAAGACAACUUGAGUGACAGAAGAUCAGAAAGAACUAGGCCAGUGCUACAGGUACAAGGAGCUGCUUUAGCUCUUAGAGCUGCAGCGGAAGCUGCUGCAGAUUCUACAAAGGUUAGAUCAACUGGAAGUGUUUUCAAGCGAUUGGGUCAAGGGAAUGUUGUGAAACAGCCAUCUCGUUCUCGUGAAGAGAAGAGAGAUUAUGAAGAUUUUGAGCCAGUUACGACUGCAGAUGAACAUGAUUCUGAUCGAUAUGUAAAUAAUGAGGAAUCUGAAGAGGAAUCUGGAGAGCUGACCAUGGCAGAUAGGGUAGCUGGAAUGAAUGUUGAUUCGAGCUCUGAAGAUGAUAUGGACCGAGAUGAGGGGAUUACAAGAUACCAAACUUCUCUUUCACAUGAAGAUACUUUCUCACCAUUUGCAGAGAAGAAAACUGUAUCGGCACAAUGCAGUGUUGAACCAGAGAUCGAUGCAAUAAGACCUUCAAGUGUGAAUGACAAGGAGCAACCUGUUCCUUCAUCAACAAAAACAGCAAGUAAAGCUGUGGCUAUUUCUGUUGAUGUAAAUAUGGUGGAACCUCCCAGUUAUGAAGCACCAAAAGAUGUUCAUGUUGUGGAGAAGCCUUAUGUUGCACCCAUGAAUUCAAAUGCCACCAGUGUGUCUACCAAUGCCAAAGAAUUAGGCCAUGCAGAAGUUCAAAAGGAUUCUCAGCGGUCUGCACCAUCUGUUCCGGUUUCAUAUAGCACAGCGCAUCCGACGGAGGAUGCAGAUUCGAGAACGCUUUAUGUUAGCAAUGUUCACUUUGCUGCCACCAAGGACUCAUUAUCUCGCCAUUUCAACAAGUUUGGUGCAGUGCUGAAAGUAGUCAUUGUCACUAAUGCUGCAACGGGCCAGCCAACAGGGUCUGCCUAUGUAGAGUUCUUACACAAAGAAUCAGCUGAACGAGCGCUGUCGUUGAAUGGCACAUCAUUUAUGACUCGUAUUCUCAAGGUCGUCCGGCGAAGUUCUCAUGAAGCAGCUCACUUUUAUGGUUGGCCUGGUAGUGGACGGUCAUCAUUGUAUGGUAGGCAUGGUAGGAUGGCAUACCCAAGAGCUGUUCACCCCGGUGGUUCCUUUAGAGGGCGUGCUCCGAUGAAAGCAGGCGCUAGAAGUUUACAGUGGAAACGGGAGCCUUCAGGCACUGAUUCAAGUGCAGGUGCGAAAACUGACAUGAGAGUGCCAUUUUCCUCUGAACAGGUGCUCCCACCUGCAACAUAG